CUCGCCGUGGAGCCUCAGCGAGAGGCAGCGCCCUGAGGCUCAGCCGCAGCCCCCGGCGGACACCGGCGCGCACAGAUUUCAUUGCUGAAAGACCAGCGUGGAGGAAAACCCAGAGUGGGGGAAACAGCAGAGUGUGUGAGAACUGGCCCAGCACUGCCCGUGCCAGCCCGUGCUUCCCAUCCCCGAGCGCUGCUGGGGGUGGGGCCAGAGCCCCCUGGGCUGUGCCUGGCACCAUGGUGGGUCAGAGCCCGCUGGGCCCUGGCGAGGGCAGGGCUGCCGUGCUCCUGCAGCCCUUCGUGCACCAGGUGGGCGGCCACACGAGCAUGCUGACCUACGAUGAGCACACCAUCUGCAAGCCCCUGGUGUCGCAGGAGCUGAGCUUCUACGAGUCCCUGCCCCUGGCCAUGAGGCAGUUCACGCCUCAGUACAAAGGCAUUGUGUCCGUGCACCUCAAGAAGGACAGCAUGGGCAACCUGACCCUGAUGGCCAGCCCCAGCCUGGGCCAGCCAGACAGCUGCGGCUGCCUGGACAGUGCCGGCGGUGACCCCCCGGUCACCUUGUGGCACAAAUGCAAGUGGAGCCACACCCAGGUCACCAAGACCUUCAAAGACAGCUGCCCUGGGAAGAUGCUUUUGAGGACAGACCUUCAGUAUCACACAGAUUCCCUUUUGGAAGAUGCAAAUGGGAAGCAGCCAGAAAGGAAGAGCUACAACCCCUGGGGACUGCACUGUCACCGGCAGCACCUGAACCGCAUGUCCUCCAAGCACAACGAGAACAAACUUCAUCAGUUUCUCCUGCUGGAAAAUGUGGUGUCCAAGUACAGCUAUCCCUGCAUCCUGGACCUGAAGAUGGGCACUCGGCAGCACGGGGAUGAUGCCUCAGAGGAGAAGAAAGCCCGGCACAUCAAGAAGUGUGAGCAGAGCACCUCGGCAUCGCUGGGCGUGCGUGUCUGUGGGAUGCAGGUUUACCAGGCAGACACUGGCCAUUUUCUGUGCAAAGACAAAUACUACGGGAGGAAGCUCUCGCCGGAGGGAUUCCGGCAGACCCUGCGGCAGUUCCUGUGCAAUGGGAACCAGCUGCGGACAGACCUGCUGGAGCCCAUCGUCCUGCGCCUCAAGGCCCUGCUCGCAGUGAUCCGGAAGCAAAGCUCCUACAGGUUCUACUCCAGCUCGCUCCUCAUCAUUUACGAUGGGCAGGAGUACAAGGAGAGUGCGGAUCAUCACCUCCCCUUCCCAAAAACUCACGGCACGAACCCCUCCAGGGUGGAUGUGAGGAUGAUAGACUUUGCCCACACCACCUUCAAAGGCUCCAAGAGCAACCCCAACCCCACCCCACACGAUGGGCCAGACCACGGCUACAUUUUUGGCCUGGAGAACCUCAUCAAAAUCCUUCAGAGCUUGUCAGAAGGGAAGUGAGAAUUUCUGUGAAACGGCCUGGAUUUCCUAGUGAUUGAUAGCCCUGAAAAUCCCGCCUGGGGUCGGCUGUGUGGGACCCUCCAGCCACUGGAUGUGGCAUAGAACGAGCACAGAUAAAUUGGGAAGUGCUGAAAACUCUCUGUGUCACUGAACUGAAGUGUGGAAAGCAGAGAGCUGGAAGAAUCUACUCUCUCUGCCAUCCAUCAGAAGAUUUAUUUUCCUUUCUGGUUUUACUGCUGUCCUUGAUUUAUUUGUGAGCCAAAGAAAGCAUUACUUGAGAAGAGUCUUAAUGAUAAACCAAGAACUUCUCACCCUGCAGCUGAGAGGGAGGAGGGUUUGGGGCAGGAACAAACAGAUGGAGCUUCCCUUUGGAGCUUCCCUUCCUGCUCCUGCUCAGGUGGGAGGGAAAAACACCCUCCAACAUUCCCAGUGUCCCUGGUCGGGAUUCUCUGUGCACGUGUUCAGACCAAGAGCUGCACCUCACCAAGCUUUAACAUCCCUGUGGGGGUAUAACAGGGAAUUUUCCAUGGAUUUUCUAGGAAAGAGGCUCCACUGGGGCUGGAAGCAUGGGAAUACGAUGACUCUGUCAGGUAUCAGCCACAAAAAACUUUCACAUCAAGGGAUUUUUGCUUAAAAAAACCAAGGAAAACAAGAAAAAAAAGUGUGAGAUUGAUUCAGGGACUGCACGUCAAAGGUCACUCAGAAAUUCUUUGAUACAAAUACUGUGUGCGCAUGUGCGCGUGUGUGAGUUUGAAGGAGACAGUAACAAAAGACUCUAAAAAUAAUGUUUACAGCUUCUGUGGACAGAUUUUAUUAUUAUGACGGAACAAAUAUAAUUCCUUCCUUCAUGGUGUGGGAAAUCUGAAGGAGAAGUCCUUGCACAAAGAAUAGAGCUACAGAACUCCACUACCGGGGAGUGGGGAUAUCAAUAAAAUUG